AUGUCGUCUUCAAACCUGGUGGUAAACAAUUCGACUGACUCUCGCGACGACAGCGUGCCUAUAACGACGUCACCUUCUCCUUCACAUUAUGACAUCGUAAGCGACGAGCAGUGGUACAUUGUCCAAGUGGUCAACGUGGUGGUCAUCUCUGGUCUCCUCAGUCUAUUCGGCGUGGUCUCCAACAUCAUCAACAUCGUGGUGUUUGCCAAGCAAGGCUUUCAAGACAGCAUGAACAUCAGCCUUAUGGGUCUCGCUGUGUCUGACCUGUGCUCCCUGGUGGCCAUGAUGUGGAUAAGCAUCUGCUGGAACCCGCUGUUCUACCUCUCUGAUUUGCCCUUUGAACCCAGGGAUAUUAUGUACCUCACGGGAGUCACGCCCCGUUACCUCGGUGUCAAAAUUUCCACUUUUAUCACCGCCUUUAUCACCUUCGAGCGAUGUUUGUGUAUCGUUGCCCCUCUGAAGGUGAAGAUGAUCAUCACACCAGCAAGAACAAAGAUAAUCAUUAUCUCCAUUUACAUCCUCAUGUCCAUUUUGCUUAUUCCCUUCUGCCUUGGACACAGACUUGAGUGGGUUUUCGAUUUCACCGUGAAUGCGACUGUAUUAAAAACCACGUACACGGCCGAGAGAGAACUGCUGGAAGCCAUUACGUAUCUCACUCAAGCCGUAUUUACUACGACGCUUUCUUUCAUCUUCGUCAUCUGCUGUACCAUCGUGCUUGUCGUCAAACUCAAUAGUAAAACAAAAUGGCGGCAGGCCACUGCUGUCAAGGGUGACCGUGCAGCAAAAGAAGUUGGGAUCAAAGAUCAAAAGGUUGUUAAGAUGGUGACCCUCAUUGCUGUCAUCUUCAUCGUCGGUUCCGUACCUCCUACUCUCCUGUUUUUCUACAUGUUGUUUGACAAAGAUUUCCAUAUUGAUGGUGCCUAUCGAAAUCUCUUUCUUAUCGUUUGGUCUUCAUCAUUCCUAACAGAAACUGUCAACUCCAGCGUGAACAUAUUUGUGUAUUUGAAAAUGAGUUCGAAAUACCGAGCAAUGUUUAUGAAAACAAUUUUGAACAAGCAGGAAAAAUAGCUUUUCACCGAAGGAGGAAAAUGUCUUUUUAAUAAUGAACGAAGA